CUCGCAUCGAGCCACACAGCGUGAGCCAGCCCUCAGCACCGCAGCGCUCGUCCAGGGCUUGCGCCAAGUCUCCUCUGCCUUGCGCAACCCGCUUUUUUGCAUCGAAGCGGAGUGGUUAGCUCACUCUGCCCACCAUGCUGGCGGCCACAGCACUCAGCAUUGCGCUCGCGCUUGCACCGCCCACUGCUCCGCCUUCUCUCAAGCCAUGCAAGGGUGAAAGUGAUUGCAUCUCAUCGAACGGCCUCGAAGCGCCGAAUCACUUUCAGGCGCCGCUCGCCUUCGCACCGAAGACGCGAGCUACGGCUUUUGCCGACGCGGCGCGACUCCUACGAGACGAGUGCACCGCGGUCGACGACGGCGCAAGCUACGUCCAGGCGCGCUGUGAGGGCGACGUCGUGGAGUUAUUGCUGCGAGACGACGUCGCGACGUUCCGCGUGGCGGCCCUGCAAAAAGGCAUCACGCCACCUUGGUGUGUUGAGAAAGGAUGUAUCAAUGGCUCAAUGAAUCAACGCAAGCGGAUCCUCAAACUCGGCGAGCGGCUCGGCUGGUCUCCCGUCGACUCGACGAACUUGCAGGACGAGGGCCGCUGGACGCCGAUCUUUUUCAACACCGACGCGGUGCCGCGGGAUGAAUAGGUAUGUGCU